AUUUGGAGUGUCAUUGGUUGGAGUCCAGACUGACCUGUCGGGAACUUGGCCAAUAAUGUUGAAUCCAGGUCCAUCUUACGUUCUCAAAGCAUCCGAUAUCUGUUUUUAUAUGAGCAUUACUAAAGAAGAGAACAGUGCCUUUUUACCAAGUUCUGCUGGAGAUGAAACUAAGCCUAAAUCCACAGGAAAUGAGGAUAGCUUUAAAGACUGUGAACUUGAAAAUAGGCUAAAAGGAAGGUUAAAAUCAGACAGUUAUUUCGAACUUUCACCUAUCAAGUCCAAAAUGGCGUUUGGCUUAAAUAAAAAGCAUCACCUGGAAGUGCCCACGCUGGAUGGUGUGGCAGGAAUAGACGCCUACUAUUCUUCGCAAGGAAGACGUCCUAGUAUAGCUCCAGUGCCAGCCAUGAUGGGUAAUGGCGACUUUACACCAGAUGAUGAAGGUCUUGAUGGAACACUGAACGAAGAAGAAGAAAAAUAUUUGGACAUUCCGUGGAUUACACCUGCCGAAAACUGCGAGAUUGUCAAGGGAUUUCCUCCAAUUAGUCCUUACAUUGGAGUCGCUCCAACGUUGUGUUAUCUUUUGAAGAAGAAGAAACCAGCUUGCUGCCUCCAGCUUGCUCAGGUUUGUGACCACUGUUCUUUCCGCAACGCCAAAGAAUAUGGCUGGCCUAACCGAUGUAUUAUCUUAGCCACUGAUUACGCCAGCAACGGCAUCUACAAUUUUAUCGUUCCUUUAAGAGCACAUUUUCACAGCCCACAGACGUUGCGGCCCAUCAUUCUCCUCCUGGAAAGAAGACCCCACCCUGCCUUUCUCGAUGCAAUUUCUCUAUUUCCUUUGGUCUACUGGAUGCAAGGCUCCAUCGAUUACCUAGACGAUCUCUUAAGAGCCGGUAUCACCCUAGCGGACAGUGUUGUUGUGGUGAACAAGGAAAGCAGCAACUCUGCUGAAGAAGACCACCUAGCGGACUGCAACACAAUCGUGGCAGUUCAGACCAUGUUCAAGCUUUUUCCCAGUGUCCGAAUAAUCACCGAACUCAGUCAGUCCAGUAACAUGAGAUUCAUGCAGUUCCGAGCUAAUGACACCUAUGCCUUACAUCUGUCAAAAAUGGAAAAGAGGGAGAGGGAACGAGGUUCUCACAUUUCCUAUAUGUUCCGGUUACCGUUUGCAUCGGGUACAGUAUUUAGUGCCAGCAUGUUAGACACUUUGCUCUACCAGGCAUUCGUAAAAGAUUACAUGAUAACGUUCAUCAGACUACUACUGGGAAUAGACCAAGCACCAGGUUCAGGAUUCCUUUCUUCGAUAAAAAUAACAGAAGAAGAUCUUUGGAUCAGAACAUAUGGACGUCUUUACCAAAAACUUUGUUCCACAACUUGUGAAAUACCGAUAGGAAUUUUUCGAACCCAAAGCUCGUCGACGGACAUAUCUUCCCUGUCCCUUGAGCUACUGGAUAGUGACAGAUCUGUUCUGACUGAGCACAUGGAGAGACAGGAAAUCAGUAACAUGGUGAGAGCACGAAUGCACAACCUUGGAUUGCCACUGGAAGAUUAUGAUGACGUCUCAGAGACGAGAGAUAGUCUUUCUUUCGUUAUGAUGAAUCCAAGCUGCGAUUUGAAACUCCUGGAAGGAGAUGUCGUGUAUUUAAUUAGGCCUAGUCCCAUCCCUACAAAGAAAAUAUUUCUCACUCGUGGCUCAAUCAGGGUUAAAAAAUCGAAACAACCACGUGAUGACGCUAAUCUUCAAGCAUCCCAGGAGAGAGUUUUACCUGGAGCGACAUCUGUUGGGCAAAACAAUGAUGACCCACAUCAGGAUGAACGAAUAGAAGGCGGUAAAUUAAGAAUUCCAGUUCGUGGAGUCAUUGGGGUUGAGAUUACGCCACCUCCCGUUGAAACUACGAAUGGAACUGUGGUUUAGAAUGAUAAUUUAGAGAAAGAGAACACUAAAUACAUUCAUAAGUCACUUAUUACAGGGAAGCUGGCGCUUACUUAAUUAUUCAAUAUCAGUAAAAAUGUGACACUUUAUUAUGUUAUUUGAAAUUCACCCUGUCAUCACUUGUGAUUGAAAACUUUAAUAAGACGUCAUCUUUUUGUACACAUUAUAAGCCACAUGAACAAAGAAACGUGUUACAUUAUAGUGAAAGUGACGUAACAAAAGGCAGAAGGAAGCUGAACUAAUUAGCGCCAAACGAUCCUAUCUGUACAUCUUACAACUUCCACAAAAUAGCACGUGACUAGUGGAUGAAAUAAUGAAAAUGUUUUUGGACUUAAAUACUGCUUUUUUUUUGUUAACUACUACUGUUUCUAUAUAAUCCUUAAGUAUGUGAAGGAAAAUAUAGUGAUAAACUCAUUAGUUUUACCAAAAAAAAAGGUUAAAGCAGUUAAAGAUAUGCAUGUACAUUACGUAUACAGUAAUUACCUUAUCGUCAUGUUAAAUAACAAGACCAAGGUUCAAUUACCUCCAGAUUUAAUGCAGGGCACGUGUGUAUGGCUACCCCAUUUUAUGCAACUCCUGAGGGGUAGGGAAUUGAACGCAAUACCUCCCACACGUUAGACAGUUUCUCCACUGGCUGAAGUAAACCGCUAACUGUCACAACUAAACAUUUUUUGAUAAUUGCAACUUCUCUACGGGCCUUAUCUAGGACUCGUAAGACGACCACUACUUAGAUAUUCGACUUUUCUGUAGUAAUCCAGUUUUUGCUUCUCCUGCUCGAACCACUAGACAUGAAAAUAUUUUACAAUUAUCUAGCUGUCCUAACUUUGUUUCAAUAAGCGGAUUGAAAACAAGACUUACCUGCAGGGGACAGACAAACAAAAUUACAGAGUUGAAGCUGUAAAAUAUCUGGGUUGGAGACAAAUCAUUAAAAAUAUACCAGGACCUCCGACCGCAAGUUUCGCGUCUGUUAACACGAAAGUUUUAUCUGUAAAAUACAGUUAUAUUGGUAGUAAAGUUUCAGAAGGAAAGCUACAUUUCAAAAGUCUUUUUAGAAAUAAAUUCGUUAGUUUUUAACACCACUCGAAACCAUUGUACUUGCGUGCCAAACUUCAUGAAUAGUGAGGAACUGUAUAUAGAAAGUAAAUUGUACUUAAAAAUUCCCAUUGGGUGUUUGUGCCUUCUACGUAAGUGUGACCAAAGCGAGUACAGGAACUUUAUAUAAAACGUGUGUAGUAGAAAUUGCGUUUUUUGUUAAAUGUUACCAGAUUACAAAAAAAAAAAAAAGAUUGCUAUCAGUUGAACUUUAACUGUUACACGUUUAUAAUGAACUCGUAGCAUGGUCAGUUUUAGAAAGCGGUAACGCUAUUUUUCAACCGAUGACAAAUAUUUUACGGAACGAAA